UUCAAUUUAUUCGUCCACGACUCGCUUCAAAAUGCGGGAAUACCAGUUCUUGGUGCUUUAUAGAUCGUGUAGUUAGCAGUGUGGUGCACUCACCUGUGUAUGAAUAAUAGUCGUGGUCACCUGGAGGUGGUAAAUGUAGCUCACUCUCUGUUCAGUGCCCGAUAGAAGAGUACUAUUUGAGGAUGGCUAAGGUAUUGCUUUCAUGCAACGCACGCAGUACGGUCGGGAAGAAACAAGUGACGUGCGCCAUUCGUAGAACAAUCAACAAAAGGUGCUGCAGCAGCAAAUGCCAUGAGCUAUCGCAACGUGAAAUCGAGGAGCACGUCACGGCUGCCACCAAGGAUGGCUUCACUGUGCUGCGCAAUUUCAUACCGGUGAGCAAGAUUGACGCUAUGUCGCGGGCAAUUCUACCUUUACUGCACAAGCGUAUCGAACUAGGAGAGGCUGAACGCGGCGCCAAUCGCUGGUACGUUACACCGCCUUUCCGCGCUCCGUUCGCUGACGAGACGAUCUUCAGCGACCCGGGACUGCUUAGUAUAGUGGAGGGCUUAGUCGGCAAGGACCCUGUACUGUGUCAAUGGGCGUCAGAUACGCCAAUGAAUGGGUCCGAGUAUCAGGAAAUUCACAGGGACACUGCACCUCUUUUUGAGGGGGACCUGGACUGGAACGCAGAGCCGCCCAUGUACCAGCUGGGAGUGAACUUUCCUCUAUGCGACGUUCUUAGCAUGGAGAAAGGACCGCUGGAGGUGAUACGGGGAACGCAUCGCAUGACACUGGAGGACAGUGAGCGAAUGAAAGCUGAUGGCAGUGCCCUGAAAGCGCUCGAGCCGGUGUUCAUGCGAAAGGGAGACCUGAUGGUGCGCGAUGUUCGUGGUCUGCACAGAGGAACACCGAACAACACGGAUGAACCAAGGGUCAUGAUCGUCAUUGGAUACAGUCGUAAGUGGCUGCGCAGACCCGAGGUGUGCGUGCGCAUACCGGAGUCUGUCUGGAACAGACUGAGCACUCGCUCACAACAUCUCCUGCGCUUCGAACCAGUCUGCCCGGACGCCGAAAUAGGGGAGUACUCUGGAAAAGAGGGAUACGACGCGAAAUCUCUGACGCAGGCCUCUGGCAAGUCAUUCAAAGGCAAAAUCUAAGGAAAGGUUCUUGCAUUUUCACCAGCUAAGGCCAAGCCACGGACGUUUACAUGUACUGUACUUAUGAAACUUUUUCUUUUUUAAUUUCGGCCAGUCGGCUGCCAUCAUUUCGUCUUUGGAUUUAGACAAGAGGAAGUGGCCAUGGUAGGGCCGUGAGCCCGCCUUUCGGUACCGGGAGUUGCAGCUCGCUAGACUUGACUCUUGUGAACCUUUCAAGAUGUUGUUGAAGAGCCUGAAGUGUGUUCUCUAUCUUACUAUUCUAGCAUCCUAGUCUUCGAGGUUAUCUUCUGUUACAAACCACAAGUUCUGAAAUUCAUGAAGGUUGAACAGUUUUCUAGCUUA